UGCAGCUCGGGCCACGGCGGUUUCACGUCUGCUAGUCGAGGACCCGCUGGUUUUUUCGUCGAGCGCGGAAUUUGACCAUUUCCCUCCAUCUGGCAGCUUGCUAUUCUAAUGAGCCUGACGUCGGUGGAUACAUGGUUAUAAGAAGGCAGGGCGAGGAACUGGUUCAUUCAUAAAGUGAGCGGCGCAGCGAGUAGGAGCAGCAGCAGCGGGAGCACCAUCAUCGGACGCUAGAACACCGCACAGGAUUUAUUUUAAAGAAAAAUAGUUGUUCUCUUACAAACGGGAAACUGGAUUCAAGAGGAAACAAAUCGUGGCUGUUCAACGAUUGGGAGGACAUGUACCAGGGAUUCUCAGGCGACUUCGACUCGGCUUCAAGAUGCAGCUCUUCGCCCUCGGAGCCUCAGUAUCUGUCAUCCGUGGAUUCCUUCAGUCAGAGUAUUGGCAGCCCGACCACCGCGGCCCAGGAGUGUGCGACGGGCGUUGGCGAGUUGCCAGGAUCCUUUGUGCCAACUCUCACCGCCAUUACCACCAGCCAGGAUCUCCAGUGGAUGGUUCAACCGACCGUCAUUUCCUCGGUGGCUCAGACACAGCCCCAGCCUCCACUCCCCUCCAUGGCCCAUCCAUCCAUGGACCCGUAUAACCUCCCGAGCACCAGCUACUCCGCCCCUGCCAUGUGCUCCUAUAGCAGCGGCGAGCCGUCCAGGCCCGCCCGAGCUGGCCGCUCCAGAAGGGCCCGCGAUGAGACGCUGACCGCCGAGGAGGAGGAGAAGCGCCGUGUCCGCAGAGAGAGAAACAAACUGGCCGCCGCCAAGUGUCGCAACCGGCGCCGGGAGCUGACCGACCGUCUGCAGAGCGAGACGGACGAGCUAGAGGAGGAGAAGGCCGAGCUACAGUCUCAGAUCGCCGAGCUUCACAAGGAGAAGGAGCGGCUGGAGUUUGUGCUGGUGGCCCACAAGCCCGCCUGUAAGAUCCCGUUCCAGGACCCCCUGAACACGCAGCCGCCGAGUGCGGCCGGUGCCGAGGUGAGCUCUCUCGGAUUGCCCCUGGGCAUGGACGGGAAGGAGCCCACGUUGACCGGGAACUACCCGCCGGGCUACCAGCUGCCGGCGGAGGUACCGUUCAGUAGCCCUUUCUACCCGCCUUGCCAGACCGUCCAGCCAUUUUUGAAUAGUAGCGCCGACACCUCAUACACGUCUUCAUUUGUGUUCACCUACCCAGAGGGAAGUAGCUGCGGCCUCGUUCACCAGCGGAACAGCAACAGCGACCAAUCCUCCGACUCUUUGAACUCGCCAUCUCUGCUGGCUCUCUAACCUGCUCUAAACUCAU